AGCGCGCGCCUCUCCGAUUCUGCUAGAGGUCCUCAAGCCCCGGCUUGCGGUGCUUUUGCCUCAGCCCGCGCCGGGUGAGGGCACGCGGCUGCGGCUGCGACGCCCGGCGCGUGUUGGCAGGCUCGGGGCUAGCGCCGCUGAGGCAGGCUGGGCCGACGGGCGGUUAGCGCCCCGUUCGACGCGGGGAGGGGCGGCACGCCGAGAGCUGCACGGCCUCCUCACCCAACGCGGGCGGCCGUGGCGACGGCGGCCGGGUUCUCGGGUUCUCUUCCUCAGGCCAGAGCCAGUCGGUGUCCCGGCGGAGCGACGGGCAGCCGGGCUCCCUUGCCCCGGGCCCCCCCUGGCUGGGGCGGCUGGGGCAGGGGGACCAUGUCUGCUCGCGUUCCAGUGCCCGCCGCUCACCCUCGGGAGGAGCCUCCCGCGGCAGCAGCUGAGAGGGAGUCGCUGGCGGCCGCGGCGAGCCGGCAGGCCGAGCAGCUAGCCCCGCUCGAACGGGAGGGCAAGGAAGCGGCGAGGGAGGAGAGGGCCGCGACCGCCACCAGCGCGGGGGCGCGGGGUGAGCCGUCGCCGGCGCCGGUGCUGGGACACAGCGUGCCUCAGGCGGCGGUGCCUGUGAAGCCCCUGGCGCUGCACCUGGCGCACAAGGCGCGCGGGCCAGGGGGCCCCUUUGGCGGGGAGCCGCCGCGACCGCUGCCGCGGGACCCGCCGGCCGAGAACGCCCGGGAGGAGGAGGCAGCGGCCAGCUCUGAGGAAAAGCUGCAGCCGCCGCCGCCGCCGCCGAAGGAGAAUCCCUGGACCAGAAAGCCUCCUCAGCACCUGUCCCCCGCUGGGACGGGGCCUCUGCCGUUGCUCCCACUGGAAACCUUGGAGGCAGAGCUCAGUUCCCCCAAAAUUAUAAAAGCAGGAAAACUCAAGACAAAGAAAUCCAAUAAGGCUAGUGAUUUCAGCGAUAUGGCAAACUGGCCAACACCAAGUGAAUUAGUGAACACUGAAUGUCAGAAUGUCAUCAGUCAAGGAAAUAAGAAGCCACAAAAUAGAAAAGAAAGAGAAGACAAGGUUGAAAAGAGAAGUGUUAACAAUGAAAGCAGAGAAAACCGGGAAACAAAAUUAGAUGGUCCUGGUGAAAAUGUCAGUGAGGAUGAGGCUCAGUUAAGCAAUCAACGAAAAAGAGCUAAUAAGCACAGAUGGGUACCACUGCACUUAGAAGAUGUAAGACCAGAGAGUCAAGAAAGACCAGGGUCCCGGAAUAGCUCAAGAUGUCAACCUGAAGCAAAUAAAUCAUCACAUAACAAUAGGAGAAAUGACACACAAAGUUGGAGGCGUGAAAGAGAAAAGAGAGAUGAUCAAGAUGAAGUUUCUAGUGUGAGAAGUGAGGGUGGUAAUAUCCGAGGCUCCUUUAGAGGACGAGGCCGAGGACGAGGAAGAGGCCGGGGCAGAGGAAAUCCUCGAUUGAACUUUGAUUAUUCAUAUGGUUAUCGAGAACAUGAUGAAAGGACUGAUCAACCAUUUCAAACAGAGCCUAAUGCCAGUAUGAUGUAUUACUAUGAUGACGGUACAGGUGUGCAGGUGUAUCCUGUGGAAGAAGCAGUGCUCAAAGAGUAUAUUAAGCGCCAAAUUGAGUAUUACUUCAGUAUAGAAAAUUUGGAACGGGAUUUCUUUCUUAGGAGAAAGAUGGAUGAGCAAGGUUUCUUGCCUAUUUCCCUGAUUGCUGGUUUCCACCGUGUUCAGGCUCUCACUACAAACCUUAAUCUCAUUUUGGAGGCACUGAAAGAUAGCACAGAAGUGGAAAUUGUGGAUGAGAAAAUGAGAAAAAAGAUAGAACCAGAAAAAUGGCCGAUUCCAGGCCCCCCUCCACGGAGUGUGCCACAAACGGACUUCUCUCAACUGAUUGAUUGCCCAGAAUUCGUACCAGGGCAAGCCUUUGGUUCACAUACAGAGUCUGCCCCAAAUUCUCCAAGAAUUGGAAGUCCACUGACCCUAAAGAAAAAUGCAGAAACAAGUAAUCUUCAAGGAAUGUCUAGAGGUUUAUCUACCAGUUUGCCCAACUUGGAUUCAGAACCUUGGAUAGAAGUAAAAAAGAGACAUCAUCCAUCCCCAGUGAAACUGAAGGAACCACCAUCUCUUCCUGAAGAGGCAUCAAAUCAACUAUAUCUUCCAGAUGAACAAGAACAAGAAGAACUUGAUUUUUUCUUUGAUGAAGAGAUGGAACAAAUAGAAGGUCAAAAAAACACAUUUACUGAUUGGUCUGAUAAUGAUUCGGAUUAUGAAAUUGAUGAUCAAGAUUUAAAUAAGAUUUUGAUUGUAACUCAGACACCUCCUUACAUGAGAAAACAUCCUGGAGGAGAUCGAACAGGCUACCACAUGUCUCAAGCAAAAAUUACAUCUGAACUUGCUAAAGUUAUCAACGAUGGUUUAUAUUAUUAUGAGCAGGAUCUGUGGAUGGAAGAAUAUGAAAACAAACACACAGCCAUAAAGGACCUGUUUGAAAGUUUGCUCCAGUUUUUCAUCUUGAAUUUCACCCAACCUCCUGGUAUCUACCCCAGUUACUAAGAUAAAAUAUGAGAGUCUAGAGUAGUCUACUGGCUGUCUGCAUUCCUUUUAUAUGACUUUUAGUGGUAUAGAUAGGGAUUUAAAAGGAUCUUUUUCUGCCAUUAAAUUGAUUAGAAAAUUCCCCAAAAUUAAAUAUUUACUUUGAGGUUAGAAUAAUGAGGAAAAUUUGUAUAAUAUACCAAAUAGGAAAGAUUUUAGAAAUAGAGUUUUAGAAAAGCCAGCCAACUCAUGGUUUUACAGUACUGGCUGUAUGUGAAGCUUCAUAUCAUCAAGAAGUAUGCUUUCCUUCUUAGUUCUUCGUGGAAUUUCCAUCACUGCUUUUAUCCUCUUGUCUUGCCACUGCCUUUUUGAAGAUCUUGCCUCAGGAUAUGGUAGCUUGUCAGUAAAUUGGAGCCUGAGCAAUUCUCACAGUCCGACUGCUAUGGGAAAGGAAGUAUGUUUUUAUAAAGUUUCUUGGUUGAAAUCUUAACUUGUAUAAGAAUUGUUACAUUAUUUGUGAUACUUAGGUUCUAUAAAUAAUAUCUAACUUAAAUCUUUUUGGGAACAGAAAGAGAUAGAAAAUAAAUUUACAAUAGGUUAAGAUUGCCCUACCUCCAUUCCCUAUUCCUCUAUCCUGCAUCAUUCUUCACCAUCUGCCGUUCUGUGUAUUGCACUUUUGAUCAUGUAAAUGUCAGAUCUGUGAGGAAGGGAUUUUUGUCCUGUUUUUUGUACAGCCAUAACUCCAGUUGUAGCACAGUUGUUAGAGUUCCUGAUGCAAAGUAGUACUCAAUUCAUAUUUGUUAAAAUGGAUAUUGAAUUACAGAUUAAACAUUAUGAACUAACCAGAAGAACCAACCUCUGUGUAUAAUACUGGUUUUAAGAGAAGAUAUUUUCAGAGGUCCAGAUAAUGAAAUAUCAAGUCACCUUGAAGCAAAUGCUCUUGGUAGGUGACUAUUUGCUUGAAAGUGUAGACAGCAGUAAUUAAAUUCAAUUACCUCAUUUGUUGCCUUAGCCAAAAAAUAUUGGUCCAGAGAAAAAAGUCUUGGCUAUAUGGUUCUUAAGCAUUAUGGGUCUGUUCAUAAUUAUGUCUUACCUAAUCCCUAUUGUUUAACUUAUUCCUCUUUUCUCUAAUUCUGUGCUCAGCAUAUACUUUCUCAUUAGAAUUGUACUUCCUCUGUGGGUCUGUAUAGAGGGAGAGAAAUCAAUUAUUUAAUUAUUUAUUACUCCUACUGUGUGUAUGUGACACCAUGUUAGGUACUGGGCAUGAAAUCAGAAGAUAACAGGAUUUCUACAUGCCUAUUCUUACAUAUACUUGGGACAAUAGACAUUAAAAUAAACCACAGUAAGUACCUGAGGUGCUGUUGAAUUAGGCUAUAAGGGAAUGACUGUGAGAAAGUCACAGUUAUAGUGAGAUAGAAAGUAUAGGUAAGAAUGAACCAUGCAAAUAACAGAUAAACCAUAUCCUAGGAAAGGGGAAUAACAAGUGUCAAGGGAGAUGGGAAAGAAUCUGGUAUAUUUGAGGAACUAAAAAAUUGUUUAUAGUAUUUAUAAAAGAGAACAGUUAUAGAUAUAUAGGCAUGUAUCUGAUCAUAGAAGGUAACAUGUGGGCCUUGUUAAGUAAUUUGGAAUUUACCUAAAGUUCAAAUGGAGUACCUUGAAGAAUUUUAUACAGGCAACAGCAUGUGAUCUAAUUUUUAUUUUAGAAAUACCAGUUUGGUUACUAAGGCAGAGAAUGGAUUAGAUGGGGAUAAGAGUGGCAGAUGAAAUUCAGUUGGGAGUCUAUUAAAGUAGUCCAGGAGGUGUCUGUUGGUAAUUUAAGAUAAAUUGGUGGCAAAGGAAGUGUAGAAAUUAGACGACCCAGGUCUGAAUCUUGAGGAAGGACCAUUUAGGAGUUGUAUAGGAAACUGGUGUUGUGGAAGCUGAACACUGUCUUCAUGAGGAGAGAAUAAUCAGAUAUGCUGAAAGCUGGACAGAUUGAGUUUAGGUAUGAAUGAAAAGAAUGCCAAAUUGGUAGGGUUGUUUGGUGAUCAUUUCUGCCUUUGUGAAGGGAGUUUUGCUGAGUCCAUAAGCUAUGUUGAAGUGUAUGUACCAAAGAGUAGGAAUAAGCCUUGUGUUUCUGACAUGUCCUUAUUGCUAAAGACAGUUAAGAUGGCCUGCUAAUAAAUGAGAAAAUAUGAACUUAAAAUCCUUGCAGAUCUGAAAGAUAAGUUAUCAGAAUAAAACCACAGAGAAGUAGAGGAUUAAAACCAGUUUUGCCCGGGAGAGCAUUUUGAAAUUUGGAUAGUUUGUGAAGUUCAGCUUUUCAAAAGCCACCCAAAAUAUAGAGUAAAAGAUAAACCUGUGGCUUAGUCAGAGUCAGGGGUUCUAACAGGAGUCCCUUCCCCUAUUGAAUUGGUACCUGAAAACUAUACCCUAGUGAAAGGAUAUAACUGCUUUCUCAUCUGCUUCUCUAGAGGACUACAAAGCAUAUUUUCUUAGUUGUGCUGAGCAAGGUAUCACAUGUGAGAAUGAACAGAAGUAGCAAACAAUAAGCCCAUACCAUGAAAAAAUUUAGGUAGUAGAAUUAUUAAGCAUAGUAUAGAGUAACUAUGCUUACUAUGUUUAAAGAAUAUAGGGAAAAAGGGAAAAAGAAAUUCUAAAGAAUAACCUUUGUAGAACUUCUGGAAGUAAAAACAGUUAAAGGCUGAAAUUAAAAACUCAGUUAAUUAAAGGGAUUAACAACAGAUUAGAUACAAUUAAGGAAUCAGUGAACUGGAAGAUAGGUUACAAGAAAGUAUUCAGAAAUCAACAGACAAAGAUAAAAUAUAUGAAAGAGGGUAUAGAAUGGUAUUCUAGAAAGUCAUUGCUAUUAUUUGGUAUAUUUCAAAUCUAGUUCUGUAAGUUAACAUUUAAUGGAUUUUAUUAUAAAUCUUUAUUUUUGAGAAAAGUAAAAAGGAAAUGGAAUAUAGAGUAAAAAACGUGGUCUAAGAUAGAUAUUUAUUCAGAGUUUCAGAAGGAAAGAGAGUAAAUGGGACAGAGUCAGUGUUUUAAUAGGUAAUACCUAGGACAUUUUCUGAGCUGCAGAGAAGUACCGGAGUAGAGUAGCCAGGGAAAGAGUGGUUACUUUAAAGAAGAGCGGCUGGACAGUUAACUGACAGCUAACUUCUCACUAGUAACAUUUGAAUGCAACAGACCAUGGAAUUAUGAUGUUAAUAUAGCAAGGGAAAAUAACUACCAACACCUAAUUGUAUGCCUUGCAAAAAUAUCUUUCAAGUAAGAGAGUGCAAUAUAAGAGAAAUUGCAAACAGCAGAACCUCAUCAAAGGAAUUUCCAAAAUGGAAAUAAAAGUGAUUCCAGAUGCCAAAGGUACAGAAAGGAGUAUAGAGCAAAGCAAGUGAUAAAUAUGUAAACAAACCUAAAUAAAUAUUAACUGUAUAAGAUAAUAAUUGUGUCUUACAGAUUAACAUUAACACAAACUGAGAGAAAGUACUUAAAGAUACUUUUGUGUCUGAAAAGAUAAUUGAUUAUUUUUCAGUUUGAAAAGUUAUUAUUUUUCAAGUUUGGAGGAUACCCAUUUAAAAAUAAAUGUCUUAAUGGGCUACUAGUUAGAAUGUAAUAUGGUUCAACUAUUUUAGAAAGCAGUUUGGCAGUUCUCAAAAUGUUAAACAGAGUUAUUAUAUGACCCAGGAAUUCUAUUCCUAGGUAUAUACAUGAGAGAAAUGACAACAUAUGUCCACACAAAAACCUGUACACAGAUCUUCAAUACAGCAUUAUGAAAAUGUAAAGAACUCAAAUAUUCUUUGUCUGAUGAAUGAAUAAAGGUGGUAUAGCCAUACAAUGGAGCGUUAUUUGCCAAUAGAAAAAAGUGAAUUUACUGAUAAUGCUACAUGAAAACAUCAUGCGAAAUAAAAGAAACCCAUCACAAAGUAGUACAUGUUAUAUGAUUCUCUUCAUCUGAAACCCAAAACAGAGAGAAAUUAAAUUGGUGGCUGCCUAGGGUGGAUUUUGGGAUGGGUAAAGAAAAUAGUGACUGCUAGUGGAUUCUAGGUUUAUUUUUGGAGUGAUAAAAAUGUUGAAAUAUUGAUUAUGAUGGUGGUUGCAAAAUUGUAUACUAAAAACAAUUAUACACUGGGAUAGAUUGUACCAUAUUUGGAUUUUAUCUUAAUAAAAUUAUUUUUAAACAAGUAAAUGGAAAGACAUCCU